AUGGCGACAAGCUUGAAUGGYAAAGUUUGCKCGGUCUUUGGUGGUUCUUCAGGAAUAGGUAAAGCGAUAUGCCAGCUGUUUGCAAACCAUGGUGCUCGAGUAAUUGUUAUUGGCAGAAACUCUAUCAAAUUAACUCAAACGGCCAAGUGUUUGUACUCUGACGGUGACGAACAGCAGCAUGCAAGUUUCGUUUGUAAUGUAACUGACCCCGUUCUUGUACUCAAGACAGUAUCACAAAUAGAAUCAGAACUAGGAAGUAUAAACAUCCUUAUAAAUGCUGCAGGGAUUAACAAGGAUUUUCUUUUGGCGAGAAGUAAAAUAUCAGACAUAGAAGCUAUUAUACAAACAAACCUUCUUGGAUCGAUGUACACUUCAAAAGCAGUUCUUAAAUCAAUGAUUCAGCGACGACAGGGAUUUAUUAUUAACAUCGGUAGUAUUGUUGGAAUGAAAGGAAAUGUUGGACAAAGUGUGUACAGUGCAAGUAAAUCAGGUCUUGUUGGUUUUACAAAAUCCCUUGCUAAAGAAGUUGCUUCUAAAAGCAUUUGUGUCAACCUUGUGGCACCAGGUUUGAUACAAACAGACAUGACUGCUAAUAGCYACACAUCAUACAAAGACUUGAUUCCCUUGAGCAGAUUUGGUGAUCCAUUAGAGGUGGCAAAAAGUGUUUUGUUUCUUGUUCAGUCACCAUACAUCACAGGACAGAAAGACCAACCGAUUCCGCAUUCACUACCGAACGGCAUUGUGGGUAGUCAGUAUUCACUCAUCAUAUAG